GCAACAACAAACGAAACGCUAACAAAUCUGUUAAAGAUCAACAUAUGUGUAUAUAGCUGUGUCAGUGUGUGUGUGUGCUUAAUAUAAAAUUUAAUAAAUACACGCAUGCUUGUAAAUUACCUGUAAAAAAAUCCCACGACACUCGUCAUUGAUGGCUGAAAUUUUUUAAAUGAAAUAUGCACAACGCCCGGGGGGACAACAAAUGCUGCAACUUCCACAAGCUCUCGAGGCAUUAAGAAUUAAAUUCCCAAGUUUCUAAACUGUCAACGACGCACAAAUUGAAGUUGCAAAACUAAAUGCAUUGAGCCCAACAGCAGCGUUUGGAGCACAUGAGCGAGGUGGGCGUAAUGCCACCGCCGGCGCCAGCUGAAUACGACUGGGCACCCAUAAGUGUGGAGCAAUUUCUGGCGAGUGCCACGGGACAGGACGAAACCGCGCGCUAUGAGUUAACCGAUCAACUGGGCAGCACGCUGGCGCCGCUGCAGAGUUUAUACUUUAAUAGUAGCAGCGCAGGCAGUGGCGGCGGCAGCGGCGGCAGCAUCGACAUCGACAGCAGCCAUAACUAUGCCACAUUUGGUGGCAAUGCCACGCACACGGAUCUGUUUCCGGACUACGAUGACAUGCUGGGCGAACCGAAUUGGACGCGCAUUUGCGAGCAGGUCUACAAUCCGCACAUAGAGAAUAAUCGCAUCGAGUUCUGGGUGUGCGGUGUGCUCAUCAAUAUCGUGGGCAUACUCGGCAUACUGGGCAAUGUGAUAUCGAUGAUUAUAUUGUCACGCCCACAGAUGCGCUCGAGCAUCAAUUACUUGCUCAUUGGCCUGGCACGCUGUGAUACGGUGUUGAUUAUUAGCUCUAUGCUGCUGUUUGGCAUACCCUCCAUAUAUCCUUAUACAGGACACUUCUUUGGCUACUACAACUACGUGUAUCCGUUCAUAUCGCCGGCAAUGUUUCCCAUUGGCAUGAUAGCGCAGACAGCGAGCAUUUAUAUGACCUUUACGGUGACCUUGGAGCGCUAUGUGGCCGUCUGUCAUCCGCUGAGAGCGCGCGCCCUCUGCACUUACGGACGCGCCAGAAUCUACUUUAUCGUCUGCGUUUGCUUCGCUCUGGCCUACAACAUGCCGCGAUUCUGGGAAGUCCUGACCGUCAGCUACCAGCUGCCCCACUCGGACGUUGUGCUGCACUGUGUGCAUCCCUCGCCGCUGCGGCGCAACCCUACGUACAUCAACAUCUACAUACACUGGUGCUAUCUGAUAGUCAACUACAUCAUCCCGUUCCUCACGCUCGCCAUACUCAACAGCCUCAUCUAUCGCCAGGUGAAGCGCGCGAAUCGCGAGCGUCAGCGCUUGUCGCGCUCAGAGAAGCGCGAAAUCGGCUUGGCCACCAUGUUGCUCUGCGUCGUCGUCGUCUUCUUCAUGCUCAACUUUCUGCCGCUUGUGCUGAACAUCUCCGAAGCCUUCUACAGCGUCAUCGACCACAAAGUCACCAAGGUGUCCAAUCUGCUGAUCACCAUCAACAGCAGCGUCAACUUUUUAAUUUACAUUAUCUUUGGCGAAAAGUUUAAGCGCAUUUUUUUACUCAUUUUUUUCAAACGACGCCUGAGUCGUGACCAACCCGAUCUUAUACACUACGAGAGCUCCAUAUCGAACAACGGCGACGGCACCAUGAACCAUCGCUCGUCGGGACGCUUCUCGCGCCACGGCACGCAGCGCAGCACAACGACCACCUAUCUGGUCGCGACGGGCGGCAGCGGCGGAGUCAACGGCGGCGCCAACAACGUGCGCUUAACCCAAGUCUCCGGCUCGCCGGGCAUACUCAAAAUCAAACGCAAUCGUGCGCCCUCACCGGGUCCGGUGGUCUACUAUCCGGGUCCGCGCGAAAUGCAACGCUCCAUGUCCACCACCAACAGCUCGUCGACGAACAACAACACGGCGCUGGGACUCGACUGGACAGUGGACAGUGCUAAAAAGCUGGGCCACGUCUCGUCGGGCUUUUAGUUUAAGUCGUAAGCGUUAAGUCAUAAGCCAUUGUAAUUUAUCUAGACAGCUAGUCAUACUCGAAUAACUAACUAUAUAACUGUAUAAUUAUGCAUAUUGUUAGUAUCUAAAGCGCGCUAAGCGACGCAUUACUUUGUGAUAAGCGUUAAAUGUUGCUCUUUGCUCCCCCCUUCUCUUUAAACUCUAGAACAGUCGAAAGUACAGCAAAGUCUUUAGCUCAGUUCAGUAUUUUAAUCAUGUUUUAAUUUCUUCAUGCAAUUCGCCAACACUAGUUGGCCCCAGCUAUUUAUCCAAGUCGCUUUAAACUUUAACUAGAGAUUUUAUGCAUAAAAGACUGACUCCCAGAUGUGCAGCAAAUAGUUACAAUUACUUUAACUAUUAAUUAAAGUAGCGAAUUAGUCAACGAAUUUCACAUACUUUAUCUCUUACAUGUAUGUCCAUAGUAAAUAUCUAUAUAAAGGUGAAACUGUUGCAUAAUUAAAUGUCUUAUGUCUACUCUAUAUAUAUACGCUAUAGCUAAUCUUAACUUAGUUUAAAUUCGAAAGCAAAGCAUUAAAUCCGUUACGUCCUCGCUUCGUGAUAUUUUUAAGCCAACAACAACAUUAUGAGCGCAUAAAAAACACUUGAUUAUUACAUUUGUUUGAAGUGCAAAAGGUUUGAUGAGUAAAACAAUUGAUUAAAAAUUCUUACACAGACUUUGCUGUACUUUGUUGAACCCUUUUUCGCUUUUAAUUUGAGCUGCUCAAUCAAUUGAAUUUUUGCACUAAAUUAAGCUUCCAACUUCUGUUUCUGUUCCAGUCUAUUUCUCAAAGUUUAAGACGCGCAGCGUGCCCAAGUUUUAUUUAUUAGUGUGUCCAGUCUAGCUUUUGUUGCUUUUUUUUCUUAUUUUUUAAUUAAAGCGCAUUUUUUUCAGCACACUUGAUAAAUGAUUUUAUUUUGCUUUGCGCCUCAAACUUUGUUUCAUUUGCUGAUUGGUCAGCUUUUAAAUUAUAUAGCAAAAGUUUUUGCUUGCUUUUUGUUUGUAUUUAUUGUUAUCGAUAGCAGUUCAUAAUUUUUAUUUUAUUCUCGCCGGAUUUGGGUUCACGUUGCAAUAUGUCAAGUUGUCAGAAAAGUUGUAAAGUGAACUUAAAGUUGGUUUAACAAAAGGCGCGGCAAAUGCGAUUAACUGUGGAAAACUCAUCUUCAACUCAACUCAAGUAGCAAACUUUUGAAAAAGACAUUUUCAGGUGUUCAUAAAUUGAAUUACAAUUAAUUUAACUUGUUU